GGGGGCGCUGCGGUGACCUGGCGGGCUAGGCGCGGAGGAAGUGUCGUCCUCGCCGCCGCCUGAGCGGCGCGGGCAACAAUGUCGUCGCGGUACGGGCACGUUGACUCGGGGGCCGGGGGCACACGGCGGCCGCGGGAGCCGCGGGAGCCGCGGGAUCAGGAGCUGCAGCGGCGCCGGGAGCAGAAGCGGCGGCGACAAGACGCGCAGCAGCUGCAGCAGCUCAAGCACCUGGAGUCCUUUUACGAGAAACCUCCUCCUGGACUUAUCAAGGAAGAUGAGACUAGGCCAGAAGACUGUAUACCAGAUGUACCGGGCAAUGAACACGCCAGGGAGUUUCUGGCUCACGCACCAACAAAAGGCCUUUGGAUGCCGCUGGGGAAGGAGGUCAAAGUCAUGCAGUGUUGGCGCUGUAAACGGUAUGGUCACCGCACGGGCGACAAAGAAUGCCCUUUCUUUAUCAAAGGCAACCAAAAGUUAGAACAGUUCAGAGUAGCACAUGAGGAUCCCAUGUAUGACAUCAUACGAGAGAAUAAAAGACACGAGAAGGAUAUAAGGAUACAACAGUUAAAGCAAUUACUGGAAGAUUCCACCUCAGAUGACGAUGGGAGCAGCUCCAGCUCCUCAGAGGAUAAGGAGAGACCCAAGAAAAGGAGGAAGAAAGAAAAGCACAAGAAAAAGAAGAAAGAAAAGAAGAAGAAGAAGAAACGAAAGCACAAGUCUUCCAAGUCACAGGAGAGCUCGGACUCGGACUGACUGGCGCCAGGCUUGUUCAGACUCUCGUCUCGGGGAUCGGACACUGGGGCCAAAGAGCAGGGGACCCUGGGUCAGAGAGGACGCCAGUGAGGCUGCCUGGUGUCACACGUGUGCGUUCUCCCCUGCCUUCCAGUGAAGGCGUGACCAGCGGAGAGGGACUCACACCUUCCCAGGUGCUUGCUCCAGACAGCGAAUGACUUCUGGCAGGAAAGCUCUUUCCACUGUCGUCCUGCUGGUCACUGGGGUUUGUGAUUCCUGAGACAUGGUGGGGUGACAGGACUGAGGACGCGCCCCACCCCCGAGCACUGUCACCCUCCACAGUGAGGCUGCUGAGUUCCCAGCCUGCAGACUGGACCCUCUUCUGUUCUUCAAGAUAAUAAAAGGUCAUUAUUUAUUUUUUCAAA